CUUGUCAAUAGUUUGACAAAUCAUUGGAAUGCCUAAUAAUUUAAAUUUUAAAUGCUAUAAGCAACCUAAAAUAAAGUUUUUUAUUUUUAAUUAUAUAAGUUUAAGAAAAUGUACAAUUACAUAUUUUUAAUUUUAAUUUAUUUCGAAAUUGGCGAAACUAAAAUAUUAUCCGAUAAAUUAAAUGUACUUUUAAUUUUAGCUGAUGAUGGUGGUUUUGAAAUGGGAACAUAUAGAAAUAAAAUUUGUCAAACCCCCAAUUUAGACCAAUUAGCAAAGAACAGUUUGAUUUUUAAUAAAGCUUUUACUUCAGUUAGUAGUUGUUCUCCAAGUCGGGCUGCUUUAUUAACAGGCAUGCCAUCCCAUCAAAAUGGUAUUUAUGGUUUACAUCAGGGUGUACAUCACUUUGAUUCUUUUAAAAAUAUAAGAAGCAUUUCGAAGAUUUUAAAAGAAAAUAAAAUUAGAACUGGGAUCAUUGGUAAGAAACAUGUUGGUCCUGAAAAUGUGUAUCCAUUUGAUUUUUCUGAGACUGAAGAAAAUAAUUCCAUUCUUCAAGUCGGCAGAAAUAUCACUCACAUUAAAUUGUUAACUAGACAAUUUCUAAAUACUUCUGAGCCAUUUUUCCUGUAUAUCGGAUUUCACGAUCCACAUCGUUGUGGUCAUACAAAUCCUGAAUAUGGCGAAUUUUGUCAACGAUUCGGAAACGGUGAACCCGGAAUGGGAUUCAUUCCAGAUUGGCAACCUAUUAUUUAUCAACCGGAUGAAUUAGAAUUACCUUAUUUUAUUCCAAAUACUUGGGAAGCUAGAAAAGAUGUUGCGGCUCAGUACACAACGAUCUCAAGACUCGAUCAAGGUGUCGGUCUAAUUAUUAACGAAUUAAAGACAUCAGGUCAUUAUAAUAAUACUCUCAUAAUAUACACAAGCGAUAAUGGAAUACCUUUUCCGAGUGGAAGGACGAAUUUUUACGAUUCAGGGAUAGCAGAACCAUUAUUUAUAUCUUCUCCAAUUCAUAAAGAGCGCAAAGGACAAGUAACAAACUCACUUUCAAGUUUGUUAGAUAUUGUGCCAACUCUAUUAGAUUGGUAUGGUAUUAAAAAUGACACUGCUGCUAUAACUUAUAAUGAAGUUGAAGAGACAGAUAUCUUAACUGGAAAAAGUUUACUACCACUUUUAGAAAAAGAACCAGCCGACAAAUCGAAGGAAAUAGUGUUCGGUAGUCAUAAUUUGCAUGAAAUUACAAUGUAUUAUCCGAUGAGGAUGGCCCGCUCCCAAAGAUAUAAACUUAUACAUAAUUUAAACUAUUACGCUCCUUUUCCUAUCGAUCAGGAUCUGUACGUAUCUCCCACAUUUCAAGAUAUCCUUAACAGGACAAAAACAAAUCAGAACCCGUUCUGGUAUAAAAGUCUUCGGGAAUAUUACAAACGACCCGAAUGGGAAUUAUAUGACUUGAAAUAUGAUCCGGAAGAGUUAAAUAAUAUUGUUAAAAAAAAUAGUUCGCAAGCUAUUUUUAACGAAUUACGAAACAAAAUAUACCAAUGGCAAAGACAAACGAAUGAUCCUUGGAUAUGUUCUCCUCAUGCCGUUUUCGAAAAUGUAGGAAAAUUUAAACAUGAUCCACAAUGUUUAGAUUUAGAUAAUGCAUGGUAAAAACAUCGAUUUUAUAUUUUUAUAAUUAUUAUUUAAACAUUUUUCUGAAUUUUCUAUAAAAUGUGUAAAAAAGCUAAUACUUAUACUUAUUUUUUAUUGUUUUAAUAAAAAACUUAUUGUUGAA